AUGUCAACAAGUGUUAGAUAUGCGGGUAAAGUAGUUGUGGUGACCGGUUCCAGCUCUGGCAUCGGUGCCGACACUGCCAUACAAUUUGGCAAAAGUGGGGCACAAGUGGUGAUCGCCGGCCGUCGGGCCCACAACUUGUCCGAAGUGUCCAAACAAAUAGCAAAAGUCUCGCCGACGGGACUGAAAGCGUUGGAAGUGGUGUGCGAUGUGACCAAAGAUGAUGACUGCAAACGUCUUAUUGAGUCCACAAUCAAAGCGUUUGGUCGGUUGGAUGUGUUAGUGAACAACGCGGGCGUCACCGGUAUUACAGCCAUCGAUGACAAGAAUAUUCUUAACGAUUAUCACAGAAUAUUUGACACAAACGUGCGGUCAAUCAUAUAUUUAACUCAUUUGGCGACACAGUAUUUGGAGAAAACCAAAGGCAAUAUAAUUAACAUAUCGAGUAUUGCGGGCCUUAAACCGGUCGGUCAUCUCAUUUUCCAGAAUUGGACCAUAUAUUGCAUGAGUAAAAGUGCUUUAGAUAUGUUCACCAAAUGUUUGGCCCUGGAAUUAGGCCCCCGAGGAAUUCGCGUCAAUUCUGUCAAUCCGGCGGCCGUCCGAACAGAGAUUAUGUACACAUCGGGCGGUCUUAACAAAAAAGUGGUCGAAGAGAACUAUGAACUACAGGCCAAGUCAUACCCAUUGGGACGAGUGGCCGAUCCCAUAGACAUCGCUAAUGUAAUACUGUUUCUGGGAUCAGAUGAGGCGUCCUUUUUAACCGGAGUUAAUCUACUCGCAGACGGCGGGGCUAUGAAUGCACUGAUCCGGGUCUCAGACUUUAAAGCCGAUAAAUGA